GAAUGUUGUGGAAUCAGACAUGCUUUAAUCAUUGGUCACGACACUAAAACUGUGAAAAAACAGUAAUGUGUACUAGCUGCUUGUGUGUUUUGCCUUGGCUGGCAUAUACAGUAGGUGGAGCACAUGGUAGUUCACUCAGACAAAGGACAGUUUGGGGUUUAAAUCAAAUCCAGGCACAGUUGUAAUGGAAAGAACAACAGCGACGCAUAAAGCGCACAGGGCGGUAUUUUAAGACUUGCUUAUGAUUCAUUCUCCACUUUCAUCUGCUCCCGCUCGGUAAACAUGGCCCGGAGCUGCUUCCCUCUGCUCACAGAGAUUAAAUGACCAGAGCCUUUUCUUCUCCAUAUGUUCUUCUUCUCGUUCUCCAGUGGAAGGAUGUCUGCAGGACCACAUCAGGGGCUGCUGUGUUUGCAGUGAAUAUGUGACACGUUGGAAAUUCAUUUUCCUCUUCUGUUUAAGAGAGCAGAUUGUGGAAGAGAAGACCAGUUGUAGCUAAUCAAAGGUGACUACAAAGAGUAGUCAGGAAUGAAGCCAUUGUAUUCUUUAAACUUCUUUUAGAGGAAGCCUACAGUUUGGGCAGUUGAGUAUGGUGCAGCAAUGUGUUUCUUGAGGCUGCAUUCAUGACACAGCAAGCUGAGUCUGGAUUUAAGUUGAGUUUACAAUGAGUUGGGUUGGUUAAAGUUGCUUUGAGUUCAAGUUAAAAGAGCACUAUGUAAGUUUGGGGAUUUGGAGACCUCUCUGGUGGAAGUAUGUAGUUGCAAGCAACUUGCAGAAGAGCGUUUUUGUAGUGUUGCUGUGUGUUCAGCGAUCAACUGGUAGAACGAUUGUGUAAGUAGGUAGCGUUAAGAGCCAAGCCUAAGGAUGCUUAUUGGUACAGCAGUUUAAUUUCUCUGGAUGGGGAACUGAACAAUGUUCACGGAUGUUGUUAUCCACUACGCUGUCACUACAACUUUAUUCAUACUUCUUGGUUUAGUCUAUUGUUUCUAAUGUCGCAUAAUCCCAUUUCUUUCUUUUAAGCAGCAUCUUAUGUAGAUUUGUUUUCAAGAUUACCAUAAAAUUGAACCACUUAUCUCCCUCAUGAACUCAGCCCCCCUAAACAUGUGCUAGUUUGAUUUCAGCCAUAUGUUGUGUUGACAUUGUUCAGACAUGGUCAGAGGUCUGGCUGGUAUCUCUUCUAGAACGUCAGCAUGUGACGGCAAACAGCUGCAGCUGGGACUCUCUUGAAUUCACUGUGUGUGAAGUCAUGUCAUGACUGUUAUAGCACCUCGUGGACUGCAAACCAGAGCUAGCGCUCCAGUUUUAGCUCAUAUAAACGCUUUAACAAACCCUUUUAACAUUUUCCAAAUGAUCUUCCAAAUAUUUUUUCAGCUCUCUUUUUCUCUUUUUUCCUGAGUGUAUCAGGAGGUCACCAGUUGCAGCUCCAGUGCUUGCUGUCCUGUCUCAGUGUGAUCAGUUCCGUUGGCUAAUUUUUCUGUGUAAGCCUUCAAAAGAAUACUUUACUGAUGUUGUAAAUGCUCCUGUGAGAUGUUGGAUGCAUUUGGGGCAGCACUUUUUAAGCAGAAGCUCCUCCUGAAAGACUGUCUGGAUUUGUUCACUGAUUUGCUCACGGAUGGUCAAGUUGGGGAAGAAAAAAGAUCUGAAAGAAAAGUGAAGCAUUGCUAGAAAACUUUCAAAAUGGAGCCUCGACAUAGAGGGAAGAGCACGCGGAGGACCUCUGAGGAUGGGGUAUCUUUGGAAAGCUUUGGAACAAAAGAACAUAUGGGGGUCUGGAAAAAGAGGGAGUGGGUUGAAAACUCCCGGAACUCUCCACAGAAAAGGAUUCCUGCUUUGCGCUGUUGGCAGGCUGUUGUCAUGGCAACAGGUUUGGUGGUGGCAGGGGUAACAGGACUAUCCCAUGCCUGGUGUGUUUACUCCAUCCAUGAGAACCUGCUGUGGUUUUCACAGUUGGAGGAAGUUGAGCGUGAAAUCUCCUUUCGGACAGAAUGCGGCCUCUACUACUCCUACUACAAACAGAUGCUGAGGGCUCCAUCUAUACAGGAAGGUCUGUAUGAGCUCAUAAAUGACAACACUACAGAGUCUAAGAGGACUAUCAAUAUUCUGCAGCGUAUGAACAUCUAUCAAGAGGUGUUGCUAAGCAUCCUCUACAGGAUUCUGCCCAUUCAGGACUACCUCGAACCGGUUUAUUUCUACAUUUACACUGUGUUUGCUCUGCAAGCAGUGUAUAUUCUAGCUCUGUUCCUCACCAGCUGGAUGCUUAGUGACUCGUGGCUGGCAGGAGCUCUCACUGGAGUGUGGUACAUCCUCAACAGGGUAGACACAACGCGUGUGGAGUUCACCAUAUCUCUGAGAGAGAACUGGUCUCUGCCGUUUUUUGCCCUGCAGGUCGCUGCCAUCACAUGCUACCUGCGUCCUCAGCUCAGGCCGACCCACCAGAGGGUGGUGCUGUGGCUGGUGUUUGUCUGUACGUUUUGCUUCUGUCUGACAUGGCAGUUUAAUCAGUUCAUCCUGCUGGUGCAAGCCCUCCUCAUCUUCACUCUCGAUGCUGUGGACUUUCUGACAGCGGAGCAGGUGACGUCUCUGUACCUGGUGCAGGUGGUGAGUCUGCUGUGCGUGUGGCUGCUGCAGUUCUGUAACUCCAUGAUUCUGGGCUCUCUGGUGCUCAGCUUCAUCGUGGCUGUGCUCUUCAUCAAACAUUUCCAGACAGGGCUAAAGACAGGAGGUUUUGUCGUCCGUGUAGCGAAGCUGGCUCUCCAUGCCUUCCUGGUCCUCACAUUAACUUUCAUCAUCAAUUAUUCAGCCAAGACAGUCCUGCAGCUGAGGUCAGACGAGCACAUCUUCAAGUUCAUAAAGGCUAAGUUCGGCUUGGGGGCCACAAGAGAUUUUGAUGCGAGUCUGUAUCUGUGUGAGGAGGCUUUUGGCUUGUUGCCGUUGGAUACGUUCGAGCGCUUGGCCAACACACUGCUGGUUUACCCAUAUCUCUGCACUCUCUCAGUUCUGCUCAUUGUGCUGGCACUCGCCGCUCUUUUCAACCUCAGAGAGGCCGGGGUGGGCCGAGCACCCGCAGACAACGACGAGUCGACCUUCAGCAUGCGGCCGGAUGUCGCCUACAAUCUUCUACACACAGUCUUCUUCGGUCUGCUGGCUUUAUCCACCAUGAGGAUGAAGUACCUGUGGACCGGUCAUAUGUGCGCUUUCGCUGCCUUUGGAGUUUGUGGCAAAGAAGUGUGGGCGCUGUGCCUGAGAGUCAUCCACUGCAACACUAAAGCUAAGCUCAAGUUGGUCAGGUACUCUGUUCCGAUUGUGGUUCUGGCAUUCCUUUAUUACAAGUUUUGGCCCAAACUGAUGGAGGAAAUUUCUGAACUGAGAGAGUUUUAUGAUCCAGACACUGUGGAGCUGAUGACGUGGAUUAGCUCCAAGACCCCCAAGCGUGCGGUGUUUGCAGGAAGCAUGCAGCUGCUGGCGGGGAUAAAGUUGUGCACAGGACGGGUUCUGACUAACCACCCCCACUAUGAGGAUCAAGCGCUGCGGGAGAGGACCAGGCAGGUGUAUCAGGUGUAUGCCCGCCAGUCAGCAGAGGAGGUCCACAGACUGCUACGCUCUGUAGGAGCGGACUACGUGGUGUUGGAGGACAGCAUCUGCUACGAGCGCCGGCACAGUCGGGGCUGCAGGCUGAGGGACCUGCUCGACCUCGCCAAUGGACAUAUCAUGGAUGGGCCCGGAGAAAACGACCCUGACCUCGUCCCGGCCUCUCACCCGCGCUUCUGCCAGGCCAUCAAAACCGGAGAGCCCCCAUACUCCACCUUCUUCACCCGCGUGUUCCAAAACAAGACCUUUCAUGUGUACAAGCUCAAGAAAACCAAGAAGAAAAGCAAGGCAGACAGCGGUGUGUAGUGGGAGGCCAGUGAUCUCGCCCCCGAAACCUCCUCCACAUCAGCUCCCAUCAAGGAGGCUGCCUGAAAGGAAUGUUUAGUGAGUUUGUGAUUGCAGUGGGGGCCUCUGUUUGUGUGUGUAUGUGUUUAGAUAGAAGCUUGAUUGGGCCGGUAUGGGCAGAUGAUGUUGGAUGUGUAUGAGCUUUAAGCUACGUGGCCUAAAGCAACUGGAGCUCAUGUUUGAGAGAAAAAGAGAGAAAGAUGAAAACCUCCUGCUUGGUUUUCUCUUUCUUUUAUUCUCUCUCUUUCAUAAUGUGCUCAAACUCUGAUGUUUACUCACGCUCAUAUGCUGAAGUAGACCCACAUUUCUCCUUCUGCUGUUUUUCCUUGCCCAUCUCCCUCUUUCACAUACAUACUGGAAAAAUGUGUAGUGAAUAUUUAGAGGAAAAAAAACACACAAAAAAACAAGGAAAAAACCCUUUGAUAGUCAGAGAUAGGAAUCUAUUUGAACUUUUGGGGUAAUUAUUGCCUAGCCUCGUGUUGUUUUUACAUCAGCCAAGCUGUUGGCCUGUGCCAUCUCUCUAGUUUCCAGUCCCGUAGUCGCAGCUCACUGUCUAGCUUUUAAAUUUAAUGAGAACGCUUUUUCAUACACGCAUCCACAAGCAGAGGUCCGGUGCUCUCUGUAUCUCUCUAACGGUGACUAAUAAGAGCCAGUCCUGGUCAUGGGCGCAGUGAAAGUGCCAUGAAUUCUCACUGUAACGCCUAAUGGUUCUAGCACUGUGAAUAUCAUUGCGUAUUUGUUCUCUUUUAAUUAGUGCUACUGUGUAAUUUUGUGGCUGGCACGUCGCCUUGAGUGACAAAAAAUAACAAUGAACCUUUUUUUUUUCUUUUUAUUCUACAAACUCAAUUAUCUUGGUAACACAAUUUGCUUAGUUUACAAAGAUAGUAACAUGCUGUUACGUUUAACCUUAAUAAUUAUUAAUACCUUCGGUUGUGUAGGUGACAGGAGUGAAAUUGCCGAGACGUUUUAUAUGGGCUGAUGUAAUAUAUUCAGUGUUCUCUGGAAGAAGUGAAUGUCGUCAUUUCUCUCAGCCCUUUCAUUCCAUUAAGGACUUUACGAAUGAGAUGUGUGCAAGUGCCUUGCCAUUUUCCUAAUAGCCCAGUUGAGUUCAGUUUUUUAAAACUCAGAGCAACACCUUCAGGAUAAUCUGGUUUUAUAUUACUUCUCAGGCUGUUUGAGGCCCAGAGCACUACUGAAAUGUAUUUUUUAUGGAUUGAACUAUCAUGCCCUAAAUCCAUUCUUUGAUGUUCUCUUCAGUGUCUGCAACAAUAAUCCUUAAAAGACUUCCAGUAGAAUAUACGUGUAUAUAGGCGCACUCGUGGUCAAUUUUUUAAAAAAGGGACCCUCAGUUUUAGCUUCAUGGAAAGUCUCUUUGUGAAAUGGUGUGAAUCUUUAUGUGAAAAUACAUGGUAACACUUUACUGAAGGGUGGCAUUCGUACAAAAGCCAUUUAUGACAACUGACUUAAAGCCGUAUUAACAUUUAUAAAGGCUUAUUCCAACAAGCAUCAGCAGUUGACUAAAGCUGCUUUUGUCAGUUUCACCUACAGAAAGUCUUAUGACAACAGACCAUUGUUUGAAUAUACUUUAUAAUUCUUCAUAAAUGUAAAUAUAGGUGUAUGUCAUGAAAAUCAUGCUAUGAUGUCAGUAUUACAGUGAUCCAAGAAUUGGGAUUGCUUUCAUUUAAACCUAGAAAUAAACUGUGGAAAGGUUUAGGAUUUUUACAAAUUUUGACCAGGAAGGUAAAUUCUGUUAGGAUUCUGCCCUAUUUCUAGGUGACUAUUCAAAUGUAAGCAAACUUGAGACAUUGACCAUGUUAAGGCCUUUGGACAACCUCCAUAAAUGUCUAGAAAGGCUUAUUAGUUGUCAUAAAGGCUGCUUUAGUCAGUGUCAGCUACAGAAAACGCUGCUUGUUUGAAUAAGCUUUUAUAAAUGAUUAUGAGUAUAAAUAUAAGUAUAGACCAGUAGUAAUGAAAGGCUUAUGUAGGUGUCAUGCAGUGUCACUGAAAACACUUUCAGCCAGAUUAAUCUGAGGUACGAGGCCCCAGUAUGCUGUACGUUUUGUUAUGGUACAAGUGCUGUUGAUUGUGAUGGAGUUUUUGAAGCGUAUUCUUUACCUGUUUACAUCAGAACCUUUAUUUCAGGAGGAUGUUAAAGGGAUAUUACUGAAUCGUCUAAAUCCUCAGGCAUCAUCGAUAAUUUGUUCCAUGGGGAAAGCAGGGUGCUAAAUUGCACUGGAUUGAUUGUGUGAUAUUUCGAGUGUAUGACUAGAUGUACUAUAUCAUUAUCAUCUGAAAGGUUUCUUUUCACUUGGUGAAUGCCAUUGUCUGUGUUCAGUGUUUUGCAGUUUUGUAAUAAAAGAGGACUUGUACAGUG